UCGUGUUAGAAAUUGGUACAGUGCAUUGAGAAAAGUGUGGAAAUCCAUCCAUAACAAGAAAAACAAAUCACUAAAUUGCGACUUAAAUCAUGGCUUCAUUUAUUCCUGGUCAGGAAGAGCAGGAAGAAGAUGCAUCGGAACUUAAAUUUCCAAAAGUGUUUGAGCAAGCAGAGACUCUCCUGAUCUCUGAAGUACAGAUGUUAUUGCAGCAUAGAAAGCAACAGAAUGAAAGUCAGGAAGAAGAACAGGAGCUCAGUGAAGUUUUCAUGAAGACACUCAACUACACAGGGAGAUUCUCACGGUUUAAAAACAGAGAAACCAUUGGUGAUGUCAGAGGAUUAUUACAACAGCAGCAACCUAAGCUUCACAAGUUUGAGCUGGCCCUUCUUGCCAACCUGUGUCCAGAAACAGCAGAAGAGGCCAAAGCAUUGAUUCCAAGUCUUGAAGGAAGGUUCGAGGACGAUGAACUUACAGAAGUCUUGGAAAACAUGCAAACAAAGAGGAGUUUCCAGUACUGAUGCAGAUUAUGAUGUCGUUUCUAGGUUCAUACUUGAAGGGAGCUCUCUGGAAAGUUAAAAUGAAAGCGCUCAUCCUGUUUAAGAAAGUCUUGAGUUUCUAAAAAGAUGUUUUUAGAAGGAGAAUUACCCCCAGGACAAUUAUCAUCUGGACAAUUACAUCCUGGGCAAUAAAAUUGGCAAUUACCUCCAGUAAAAUUAGACCCUGGAAGAAAGAAAAAAAAUUGCCCAAUUAUUAAUACCAGGACAACCCCCCCCCCCCCCUCCCUCCCCCAGGUGUGUCAUGAUUUACUAACUUGAACUCAACAGAGUCCGCAGCUUAAAGGGAAGUGUAAGUCCACCCUAUUUUCAAUAAAACUGUGAUACAGUCUAAAAGGAUGAAUAUGAAUUUUUGAGCGGUUGCAAGUAGCAAUUUUCUAGUAUUGGAAUGUGUCUCUUCAUCUAAUGUAAUCAGAGCAGGGUUGGGGUGGGAAAGGAAAGGGAUAAUUUGAGUUGCCCUGUCCAUUUUAUUUCUAUGUGCUGUUUAAUACACUUGGUACACCCAGAGUGUAUGAAGAUACUGUGUUCUGUUAUGAUUAAUGUUCCAUGUACAUAACAAUUUGUUGAUAUUUAUAUGUUGUGCAGAUUUCGGGCUAAGGCAUGGGGGGGGGGGGGGGGAAGUCUGUAACCGUCUUAGUAUCUGAAACACUCUUUUAAAUGAAUUGUGAAUUUAAAAUAAAAAGGAGACGUGAUGGCUCAGUGGUAGAGCAGUGGUCUUGUAACCAGGUUCGAAACCAUGUCAAUGCGCUAGUGCCCUUUGGUAAGACAUUAAUCCUCAUUUCCAAGUCUAUGGUAGAGGACUUAGAGCCAUCAUUCCCCUGGUUGCUUAUUUACAAGCAUACACAUGCUUUCUAAUAGCAGUCAGGUAAAACAAACCAUCAAACCAAUAAUAAGUUAGAGUAAAUGAUGAUAAAUCAUAUUACAAAAACUACUGAUUUCAAUCCCCAUUAAAACACCCCCUUCCCCUCUGUGAACUAAAUAUACGUUGUUAUUGUUUGUUUGUGCUCUGUAUUAAAUUUCCCAUUUUUUUUUAGGUGUAAUUAUUAAUGUUAAAUGACUCUCAAACAUAAGUGCUGAUAAAAUCUGAGCAUGCAAUGUACAUUAUUGUAGUUAUCUAAACUUGUUGCUUUGUACAUGUACUUUGUAAUUCCUAUCCCAUGUCAAGUUCUUUAUGGAGCGAUUACUAGUCAUAUAGCUGUCUAAAUCUUCAAUAUGACAUGAUCAUACAAUGUCACAUGCACUCACCAAAUGUUACUUGUUUUUAUGAUCAUGAAUGAUAAAAAGGCGAGCUUUGUUCAAUGUUUCUCUCUGAAUAUCCAUUUGGAAGACAUGAAAAUAAAGUUAUUUGUAUAUAGUCUUGUACAUACUACAUUCAUUG